AUGUUCUCCAAGUCUGGGUCAUUCUUAAGCAAGCCAGUGAUGGAGCAGACACAGGCAGACCUGGAUGUUCUGGACAUCAGCACCAAGGUGCAGCUGCAUGGCGUGCUGUGGAAGAGGCCAUUCGGACGUCCGUCCGCCAAGUGGUCGCGCAGAUUCUUCAUUAUUAAAGACAGUUUCCUGCUCUAUUAUGCGGAGAAUGAGAAGAAGAACUUUGAGACGAACCGAUACUUCAACAUCCAUCCCAAAGGAGUGAUUCCACUGGGAGGGUGUGUCGUGUCUCCAAAGGAGGAGCCAGGAAUGCCAUUCGCUUUGACCAUCACCCAUGAGGACUUCACUGGCAACAUUGUCCUGGCGGCUGAAUCAGAGCUGGAGCAGUGCCAGUGGGUGGAGAUGCUGCAGGAGUCUGGCAAAGUCACAUGGAAGAAUUCACAGCUGGGUGAGGCCAUGAUUGAGAGUUUGGAGGCACAGGGGCUGCAGCUGGCCAAGGAGAAGCAGGAAUACGUGGACAAACUGAUGGAGGAGACAGAGGAACUGUGUCUUCAGAGAGAACAGAAGGAGGAACUGGAGCGUUUGAACCAGGUGUUGGAGGAGGAGAAGCAGAAGUUUGAGGAGGUUGUAAUGGAACUGAGGGUGGAACAGGAACAGAUCAAACUGGAGCUUGAUGGCACAGCUUAUUCGCUCAAAGGGGUGGAAUCUGAGAAGAAAGAGCUCUAUAGUCUGACUGCAGAGUUGCAGAAAUCACUAGAGGAGCUGUCGCAGGAAAAGCAACGCACCUUGGAACUGCUGCAACCGAAGGGGAGCAGUGGCCUGGAGGUGCGGGAGGUUGUCUCCCAGGAUGCCUCUCCAGGCCUCUUGCAGGGAACCCUGCAGCACAUUGAGGCGAGGAUGAGGAGUCUGCAGAAGGAGAAAGAGCAGACAGAAGAAAGGCUGAAGGAGAAUGAGCAACGUGCACGUGUGCUGCAGGAGGAGCGGGAGUUCUACUGCUCCCAGGCUAAGGCUCUGCAGCAGUCCCUCGAGGAGCUCACUGCAGACAAGCAGCAGACAGAGGCAGAGCUGAAGGCGGAGAUACUGUCAAGGCUGGACCUGGAGCAGAGGCUGAAGCUGGCAGAAGAAGCAUUACAGAGUCUGGAGCAGGGCUUGAAUUCACGGGACCGUUCACGGGAGAAGGAGGAGAGGAUGAAGGGAGAUGUCAGCCAGCUUAGGAAGUUCUUUGAAGAGUGCAUCUGUGCUGCGGAGAUUGAGGCCAAGCUGCCAGCGAUCAUGAAGAACGCUGUGUACAUCCAUAAGGCUGCAGCCCGACGCAUAAAGAGCUGCCGCAUUCAGAGGAAGACAUCCAGGCAACGCUUGGGCCUGAUGAAACACUCCCAGUCCUUUAUCCUCCCAUCCAGAGAGGACCUAUCCUUGGAGGACCUAAAGGAAACUGCGCGUCAGCUCACUUUCGACAGCUCCUUCCGAGAAAGUCUGUACAAGUUCAUCGCCGGCCGCGGUCAGCCCGAGACUCACAACUGAGGGUGAAACGGACCUAGUUGGUCCAUCCUGAUGAAAUGAUCCUCAAUUCAGCGCUGUUUUACUGCAUAUUAGAAUCGAUAAUUUUUAGAUUUUAUUCUUGUAGUUGUAAUUAAAUGGGUAUGUGUGGAAACUAAAUAGGGAAUGAAUGAUUGAUACAGUAAAAGUAGUCC